AUCUGGGUCUGGUCUUGUUUCUUGGAUCUUAGGCUUUGAGUAAGUCCUGCCUCACUCUUGUAGUCAAGUCUGAUUGGCCUCGUUGAUUGAGGCUCCAUAGAAAUACAGCAUGGGUUGAGGGAGGACCAAGGCCCAUAUUGGAACUUGGAAUAUGAUAGCGAAUGACCUUGAUAGGAGACGUCACACUGAAAGAGAGGGGCGCUCGAGUCUUUCAUAUGAUAGACGCAUGGUCAUCUGGGCUCGUCUCACAAGAAGACCAACUUGUGGGUCCUUCAGAACGUGGAAGGCAUGCGUCCAAGUCGACCGAGAUGGCAUGACGUUUGACGAAAUGCCGUAAAAGUGCAACAGGGGACUCGACUCUGUGCGAUCCAUCUCCCUGCGCAAAUUUCGAUGAGACCACAAAGUUCAAGACCCAGGUUUUCUGGUUUGCCCUUUGCCCCCACCGAUAACCCUUCUUUGCAGAUGUCUCUAGUCUAUUGCGGGUCUUGCCGUCGCUUGUUUUCUUGGGAGCAUGUGUCUUGGUUUGCGCUCGUCAAUUUUGGCAUCACCGAUUUAUCCACAGGCAAAGAGAGACAGCUGAGGGAUGCAACAUGGAUUCAAGCGUGCCUUACGUUGCGCCCGCCGAACAUAGCCGCCGCCGGCAGGCGCUUACCUUUGAGCUGGCAUCGAAUCCGACUCGUUAUACUUUGUACUUUCCUUCUAGUCUCUAGCAACAUGUCGUGUUCGUUGUGUUUCAAAGUGGUGACCGGCCCCUCUUUCUCACCAGGUCGUUUUGAGCAAAAAGGCAAAUGGCCCCACAAACGUGUACUUUUUGACGAAACGAUGGGCAAAGAGAGACGAGUAAGCAAGACGCAGCGUAAGGCUUUGCGCACUGGCAACUGCUCAACGGCGAUUGCCAGAUCUGCACUUCUCGCUCUCGCUUUUGGCUGUCACUACCCCAUACGAGGCGUGCAUUGUGCAUGCUUCUCAACGCCAGGAGCGUUUUUCUCGUUGGCAAGAAGAGGCUGUGUAAGAAAGGCAAAACAGGAAGGAAGAGGAGAGAGUUUUCCGGUCAGACUUUCAUUGGAUGGCAAAAUCUUGGUCAAAUCGAUUCAAACGUUUGACCACCAAAGCCUUGGAAUACCUUACCAACAACAGUCUUUCUCUUUCUCUUCCUAUUAAUUAUUAUUUCCUGGCAGAGCAACUGUUCCUCCACUUGCCGCGAGAAGCCUCUUCCUUUUUUGCUUAUAACAAAGUUCAGAUAUAGAAUUCGAACCUGUCACCUUUAUUUCCAAGAUUUAUCGAAAGAUGCACAAUCUAGAUCGCGCAGGCAGGGGCGCACGCGCAAUCUGGUCCCUUUGCUCACCACUGACACAAUAAUAUAGAUCCUACAUCAUACCAGGUCCGAACAACUCCGCACUUACUUACUCGUGUAA